CUCGCUCCCCCUACAAAUACCACAGGGCAGCGUGAAAAAACGCACGGCCACGCCACGCCACCGAGGGACACGACGCGCGCGCGCCAGCCGUGCGCUCGAUCGUGAGCCAGCCGCCAUGUCGACGGAGGCGCUCCUCGCCGGCGGCGGCGGCGGCGGCGAGGGGAGGCGGCGCGUGAGCAUCGACGACGCGCUGGCGUGGCACGCGGGGGAGUUCGGGCGGUGGCAGCUGCGGCACUUCGUGCUGGUGUCGUCGGCGUGGCUGCUGGAGGCGCUUCACACCAUGGUCAUCAUCUUCGCCGACCGGGAGCCGGCCAUGGUGUGCGCCGCGGGGGACGGCCGGUGCGGCGACCGCUGCGCGGGGCCCGCCGCGGGGUGGGAGUGGGCCGGCGGGCACGCCUCGUCGACGGUGGCCGAGUGGGGGCUCGUCUGCGGGGAGCGCUACAAGGUCGGCCUCGUCCAGGCCAUCUUCUUCGCCGGAUGCAUGAUUGGCGCCGGCGUGUUCGGGCACCUCUCGGACUCGUUCCUCGGGCGGAAGGGCUCGCUGCAGGUGGUCUGCGUCCUCAAUGGCGUCUUCGGCGUCCUCACCGCGUUUGCUCCAAACUACUGGGCGUACGCCGCGCUGCGGCUCCUCACCGGCUUCAGCGCCGGCAGCGUCGGGCUCUGCUCCUUCGUCCUCGCCACCGAGCCCGUCGGCCCCUCCCGCCGCGGCGCCGCGGGGAUGUCCACCUUCUACUUCUUCUCCGGCGGCAUCGCCGCGCUCUCCGGCAUCGCGGCGCUGUUCCCGUCGUCGUGGAGGGCGCUCUACGUGGUGACGUCCAUCCCUUCGCUCGUGUUCGUCGUCGCCGUGCUGCCGUUCGUCUCGGAGUCCCCCAGGUGGUACCUCGUCCGCCGGCGUGCCGGCGACGCGCUGCGCGUCGUGCGUGCCAUCGCGUCCUGCAACGGGAGGAGCAUCCCGGUCGACGUCACCCUCAAGCUCGACGAUGAGGGAGACGACGACGCCGGCGGCGGCGGCAAGGAAGUCGACUCGUCGGCGUCGGCGUCGGGAUCCAUCAUCGACGUGUUCCGGUCGCGGACGACCAGGUUCCGCCUGGUGCUCUCGGUGGUGAUCAAUCUCCUCGCCUCGGUGGUGUACUACGGCCUCAGCCUCAACGUCGUCAACCUCAAGACCAACCUCUACAUCAGCGUGCUGGUGAACUCGCUCGCCGAGAUGCCCGCCUACCUGCUCACCGCGCUGCUCCUCGACCGCUUCGGCCGGAAGCCGCUCGCCAUCGGCACCAUGCUUCUCAGUGGCAUCUUCUGCAGCGCCGGCAGCUUCAUCGCCGGAGCCGGUGCCAUGAGGGUGGCGAGGUUGGCGUGCGGGGUGGUGGGGAUCUUCGGCAUGGCGGCGACGUACAACCUGCUGUUCAUCUACACGGCGGAGCUGUUCCCGACGGCGGUGCGGAACGCGGCGCUGGGGUGCACGUCGCAGGCGUCCCAGAUGGGGGCCAUACUGGCGCCGCUGGUGGUGGUGCUCGGGGAACGCGUGCCGUUCGCGCUGUUCGGCGUGUCGGGCCUCAUCGGCGGGUUCCUGGUGUUCUGCCUGCCGGAGACGAUGAACAAGCCCAUGUAUGACACCAUGGCCGGCCUCGAGGAAGGGGAGAAGAGCCUCCUGAAAUGAUUAAACUCAAAUCUUGAUACUACUGUACAAGAGUUGAUAGAACAAGUGAUUGAUUCUUCUCGAAAUUGGCGGGAGUUCUACGCGGUGAUCGCGCGUGCAACCGGCACAAAUCUUGGCCCGUUUUCCACUUGAAACACCGUGUUUGGGCUGGGCUUUCGUGACAGUAAAGACUUACUCGCUCAGUCUAAAAUAAAUAAAUCUAUUACAAUAAAGCACAGUGACACCACAGCUAGUCUAGUAGUACUCGCUCCGAAUUAUUUGUUGACGUCGUCGGCUUUUUAAUCAC